AUGCUUCAAACAGUUUCGACCUUCAAUCCCAGCUUUACAGUUCACUCCCCUUUUCAAGGUUUUUCUAAAACCCUAGGGUCUCUUCCUGGUACCGUCAAUGGAGUUUUGGGGUGUUGAAGUUAAGCCUGGUCAGUCACUUGUUGUGAAGCCUGGAUUUCAAAAAUAUCUGCAUCUAUCACAGGCCACUAUAGGUGAAACAAAGAAGGACAAAGCAAAUGAAAACGUGACUAUUUUUUUGAAGAUUGGCGACCAAAAGCUUGUUCUGGGAAUUCUCUCAGCAGAGAAGUUCCCCCACCUAUCUUUUGAUCUCGUGUUCGAGAAGGAAUUUGAGCUCUCCCACAACGGGAAGGGUGGAAGUGUUUACUGUUGCGGAUAUCAGGCUUUUGCAGAGGAUCAGGAACACGAUGAUUAUCUUGAUUCUGAUUCUGGCUCAGAGGAUGAAGAACUUGAAUUGCUGCCCCCUGCUCAGAAUGGAAAACCUAGUCAGAAGGAGGAGGAGAAGUCUGUUGCUGAAAAACGUAAUGCUGCAAAGUCUGAAUCUACAAAGAAGUCAGAUGGGAAGCCUCUAAAACCUAGCAAGGAUGAGGAAGAUGAGUCUGAUGAGGAUGAAGAUUCUGAUGGAGAGUCUGAUGAGGAAAUGCUCGAAGCUGACAGUAGCGACUCUGAUGAUGAAGAUGAUGGUACUGAAAGUGAUGAGGAGACACCAAAGAAGGUUGAAUCAACCAAGAAGAGGUUGAAUGAGUCUGCCUCCAAGACGACUCCCCUUCCUGCUAAGAAGGCAAAGCUAGUUUCGCCUGAGAAGACUGAUUCGAAGAAGGGUGGCCAUACAGCUACUCCCCACCCUGCCAAGAAGUCUGCUAAAACUCCUACUAAGUCAGAGAGCCCAAAAUCUGGUGGCCAGUUCUCUUGCAAACCCUGCAACAAGUCAUUUGGUACGGAUAAGGCACUUCAGUCACACAGUAAGGCUAAGCAUGGGGGUAAGUAGAAGGAAGAGAUGGCAUAUCAUUUUGCAGCUUCGAUAUGGUUACUUUUCUAGAUAGGUUGCAGGGUUGGCUGAAAUUUUGUGGAGGGUUUGGAGAUUAUAGAACGAGAAAUGAAUGUCCAAAUUUUGAUAGUUUUGAUUGAUUGAUGUACGUUUUCUGGUCUAAUUACUGUAUCCAUAUUGUUCGAAUGAAUAGUGUUUAUGUAGGGAGGCAGUGUCUGUUGAUGGGCUUGCAUUUUUAUUUUGGAACCUUGUAUUUUGUUUUUCUGAGGAAAUGAAAGCGGAUAAAUGUUUCUUUUUGA